AUGGGUACGGCUCAGCAAUGUAGCCCGAGCGAUGCAUUCUUUUUUGGAGAAGCUUACACUACUUUCAACAAUAGGAUGCAUGUUACUGUCGCAGCUCGUAUUAUUCUGGCGGUCGAAUUGAUAAUGCUGUUCAUUACAGUAGUCAUUGUUCCACUGACAAUUGGAUUUUUCGAUACGAUAUCUUUAUUUCAAGUACUAGUAAUUGGUUCAAUUUGGAUUAUGGCAGUUGUUGCAUUGAACCGGCAUAGGCAUACCUUACUAUGGCCAAUCAUAAUAAUGAAAGUUUGUGAAAUAAUUCUUGGAGUGUUUCUUAUAGUGAUCGCAGCACUAUUAGCCGUUGUUCGACGACGGGUUCUACUCCGUUUAAUGCAAUGGAGGAUAACCACAAUAGAUCAUUCCAACCAAGGCAUUCACAUUAUUGGCUUAUUGCUUUUCAUGUUCCUUCAAAUUGUGUACAACACAAUAGCUGUCCAAACACUAUGGGACGUGUUUGAGUAUCUUCGACAACGAACAAUAUUUCUAUACAAUCAGGAACGAUCACAAGUUCAUCAAUAUUUUUUGUAA